CAUCUGGGCAGCAGCAGCGCAGCAGCAGGCUGCAGUGGGAGGAGGCACUUUUCGGAUUAUCUGGGGUCUCUGCCAAGGCGGCAGAGCUCAGUUUGAACCGCUGCGGCGCACAGUGACAUAACAGCUCGGUGUUUUCUCGGUGGAGAAAGUACCACUCAUUAAGAUCUGCCACUUGGAGCGAUGCGUAACACCACCUCUGUCCCACAACUCCCGCUGAGAGCCUGAAGGGGGUUUUCGGAGAUGGCCUGAACUUUUUUGAACCAGGGACUUUUUUUUUUCUACACAGUUUAACCCUGCAAUUUGCGCAGUCGCUGGCCGGCUCGGAGCAUGCAGCCUGAGGGGAAAAACUCGGGUUGAUCCCAGUGUGGACUUGAGUUUUUUUCCUCUCAGGCCGGGCUCGGAGAGGAGAUGAGCGCUAAGGAUGGGACUGUGCCUCGGUACCGAAGUCACAGAGGAGAAGAAGGCGAAGAUACUCAGCGCGAAGAUAGACAGAGACCUGUACGAGUCCGCCAAGCGGGAGAUGAACGUGGUCAAGAUACUCCUACUGGGUGCGGCAGAGAGCGGAAAAAGCACUUUGGUCAAACAGAUGAAGAUCAUCCACAGUAAUGGAUUCACCAAGCAAGAGCUCAGCAGCUUCAAGCCUGCGGUGCUGGAUAACCUGCUGACCUCCAUGAAGUUUGUCCUCCACGGCAUGGGAGUCCUCCGGAUCAACCUGGCUAACAACAGGAACAAGGUCCACGCCCAUUCUGUCCUGUCGUGUGGGCGGUGCUUUGAUGAAGAACAGGUGCUGUUUCCUUUCCUUGGCCAUGCCCUGACCUGUCUGUGGGCCGACCAGGGCGUGAGGGCGGCGGCGGCCCGGGGAUACGAGUACGAGCUGAAUGACUCGGCACUGUAUUUCUUUGAGAACAUGGCCCGCAUCACCUCUCCAGAAUACGUGCCCACAGAGACAGAUGUUCUGCGAGUGCGGCUGAGGACGACCGGCGUGAUAGAGACCCAGUUCAAAGUCAACCACCUUGUUUUCAGGAUGUACGAUGUUGGAGGCCAGAGAACUGAGCGGAGGAAGUGGAUUGGCUGUUUCGAGGACGUCAGGGCGGUGCUGUUUGUGGUGUCGCUCAGCGGUUACGACAUGACCCUGGUGGAGGACCCCUCCAUGAAUCGUCUUCAGGAGAGCAUGAAACUCUUCGCCGCCAUCUGCAACAACGUUUUCUUCCGCAGCACAUCCAUGAUUUUAUUCAUGAACAAGAUAGACCUUUUCCAAGACAAGAUUUUACACUCUGGGCGACACCUGAGGUCAUACCUGCCACAGUUUAAAGGUGCAGACUGCGACGUGGACUCAGCCGCCCGCUUCAUCGCCGCCACCUUUGUCUCGCUCAACGCCACGCCCAGCAAACUCAUCUACCACCACUUCACCACGGCGACCGACACCUCCAACAUCCAGGUCGUCUUCCAGGUGGUUAUGGACACGAUCAUCAAAGAGAACCUGGAGGCCGUGUCGCUCCUGUGACUGUCAGCGGAGGUCCGACCCCUCACUGGACGAUCGGUCUCGAUUUAAAAGACUAAAAUAGUUACAAACAAAAAAAAGGAUUUGAACAGGACCUGAAGAUCAUUCGCUCCAAACAUACUGUCUCUGACGCUCUUUGCCGCUGAGGGAUUUUAUCCUCUGCGAUGUUUGACUCUAUGGAGCUCAGAAAAACUGAAGGAGGACCUUUGUUGUUGGGCUAGGCCCUGAAAUGAGGGCAUUUAUAUCUCUGUACUGUACUUUUAAAAUCAGACUAUGAAUUGCGACGCCAAUUUAUGAAGACUUAUAAUACACAUGCCAUUUAUCUGCUCAUCCCCUCCUCUGUGUGUGGGCAGGACACACAGGGCUGGAGGAUUUACUGUUUGUCCGUUACCUCCUCUCCGCAGGUUUCACUCAUGCAUACCAUUGUGUGUUUUCCGCUCAUCCAUCACUGUGACUCCACUGUGCGUCAAACCCUCCUAAUUAGGCGGUGAUCGCUCUAAAAGCACCCCAGUUUAUGUUUACUCAUCUUCAGCAGAGAUCUCACACACACACACACAUACACACUCCAUUUCGCCCGGUCCCCUGACUCUUACCAUUCAGCGAUCAUGCUUACUUUGAAAUUGUGAAAUCUGUGGAUGAAGAAACCUCUCUGAAGCCUCUGAUUUGUGUUUAAUUGCCAUCUUUUUUUUUUUUCCUUUUUUUUUUCCUCUGAAGAUUAUUGUUUCAGGAUGUUGACACACACACACACACACACACACACUCAUAAACCCUGAUUAUCAACCAGGAUGAUGCCUGCUAUAUGUGAAUUGUGUGGCACUGACUCUGCUGGGCUCCCCUGAGAGACUGACUGUGUUAUCACACCAGCUCCUCCGACUCCAGUAAUAAGCGAGAUAUGGUAAUGACUGAUAGGGUCUGAUAUGAAUACUGAAGGUGAAAGAAAAGAGAAAAACACCCACAAGUGCCUUAUGAUGAAGUGGUUUUGCUGUUGUGCACGUAUAUAAAAUGUCCAUGUGGCUUAUUUUUCCUUUCUAUUUUAGUUUUUUUUUGCAUUCCGUUCUGUUUCUCUUCUCUUCCGGUCAUAUAAAUCAUCUACUCAGACGCUAUUUUUCUUUGUACUUUGUGUUGUGCUCAAACAGCUGUACAAAAAUAAACCCAACAGGCUGACAAUCUUA